AUGAUACUUCUAUCUACGCUGUGUGCCAUCUUGGAUUCAAUAAAGGGUAUUCAUCACUUCAAAUACGCAUAUCGCUCAGUAACCCUCCACGAUUCUGGUUUCGCCCCCAUUGUCCGCGCCGCCCGCGCAUCGCUACCCCUCGAUCAUAUCCUCCCCAUUGCACCGCCUGCACCAUCUUAGUCUCCACCGUACAUCCAAUAUGCCUGACAACAACCCACAAUGACAC